UGACGUUUGAAUCAUCUGUUCCAUGUUACGCCGUCUUUUUGUGCCCUUGCUCCUGCUGUCUGCUACGUCGCUGGCCGCGACUGACCUUGACCAACCCUUGAAUUGGUCCAUUGAAGCGGCCUCGCUGCAGGCCAAGGGAAGCAAGCCGAAUGGUGGUGGGUCGAGGCCUGCUCCAGCUCCCAAACCUGCACCGAAACCAGCCCCCGCACCUAAACCAGCUCCAGCUCCCAGACCUGCACCUGCAACCAAACCAGCCCCUGCACCAAAACCAAACUCCGCACCGAAACCAGCCCCUGCACCGAAGCCAGCUCCACGACCUGCACCGCCAGUUCCAGGCAGUGGUAGUACUCGUCCAUCUACACCUUUGAAGCCGCGACCUGCUCCUGCUCCACGACCAACUCCUAAACGCGUACCUUUACCUGCCGUUCCCCGACUGGCCUUUGCACCAUCACCGACCCCUCCGCGGUACGCUGGUCCUGUUGAGUAUGUCAAGCCCGCAGCCCCACGUCCUGUGGCGGUUCGACCCGUGACCUACGUUCACCGAUCGCACUACGUCCGCCCGCUCUACAUCGCUCGCCCGCUCGUGGUCCUGACGCCAGAGUUUUGGGCUGCCAGCACGUGCACCCAGUCGUAUUGCCACGUCCAGUACACGCAAUGCGUGCAUGUAUUUGGGGAUGGGUGUUUUUGCUAUCCUGGACUGCUUCAUUGCGUCCGCACCGCGUGCACAAGCUAUUACCAGCCUGCAGUUGAUCAAUGUCUUGCCCAGCAGGCUCAACCUACGCGUUGUUUCCUCCGGUGCCACGCCGAGCGGUACCCCAUCACGUUCUCGCCCGAACUGCUGGCACAUGCGGCUAACCAGUCCGCUACCUCCGACGCAGCAACAGUUGCGUUUCCGACCAACGAAAUCACGCUCGACGACAAUGUCGAGUAUGCUGUCGUCGUCGUGCUGUACAUCGACGCGAUGUCUGCCGCGCAGCUGCAAGACGCCGACUACGAGAUCGCGACAGCAAUUGCCAACGUGUCGUCGAUUACGACCACGUACGAUGUAGAUCGGAGUAAUGUGUCGGUGGCCUUUCAAGACAUCGUCAUCAACAACUCGAUACCAGUGUUGGAAGUUACGGUCAUGAUCGAGCUGCCGUCGCUGCAAGCCACGCAAAGAACAGAUACUCUCUUCCAAACCAUGAUGGUGAAUGAGGGCGGCAACUCGUCUUCGAUCGCGACUCUGGCCGCCCAACUCGUCGAGGCCAACGUACUGUUUGACCCGAACCAGCUUAGUGUGAACGAAGUCAAGUCGGACGUGUCAUUCGCGUCCAACGAGGACGUGCCUGGAAACAGCGGUAGGACGGCGGUGGCGCCGUCAAUCCCAACGAUUGCCAUCGCGGCGUUCCUCGCCGUGCUAUUUGACCGCGUAGCGUGCUGCUAGCACCAGCACGUACGUCUCUCAAACUCGGCGCGUAGCCCAAACACAAAAUUUACAUCGUGCACUUGCACGUCGUCACAAUUGCAGUUCGACCAAAAUGCCGCCACCUCAUCAUGUGGGGACGGCUAAAGCCACGCGGAAAAGCCCGUCCCCUCACCUCAAGGACGAUGUGGAACGUGCAGGCUGCGAAGGGCGCGGCGAAUGUGGCGUUGAUAAGUUGGCGGCGAUCGUGCAGUACGCGUGGCUGUGUGGUGGAGUGAUUUAUUAGCAAGCCGUCCCCAAGCCACAGUGGGCAACCAAGCGCUUCAACAUCUACAUCGAGCCAUCAUGUGCCGCUCGCGAAAGCGUCGCAAGCAUUCGUGUGAUUGUGUUUUGUCGCAUGCCAUUGCCGUGACCAAGCAGCUUCCAGUUGGCCGUGGAAGUUUCAGUUUUGACAGAACACGAAGUUUACCUGUCAAACAACG